AUUUAUUAUCGCGUUCAUCGAAUACAGACCCGUAGCAAAACGUGUGUAUAUAAAAGCACCGAUGUGUAUCCAAAACCUGACCGAAUAUUCACUUCCUUGUUCCGGGUUGGUUUCGGUAAUAAAAAGUGAAACUCAAUUUCUCCCGCUUUUACCGAUUGACACCCGAAACAAGUUGGAAUGAUCUUAGAGAACCUGUGAAAGAUCUACCAUGGGAUGCUUACAGAGUAAAAAUGCCCAACCAGAAACCAGGCCCCAUCAAAAACCAAAUCAACCUAGCGAUAUUAACAGCAGAACACCUAAUGAUGUAGUCCCGCCCUCGUUCGAAAAACCCCGACCCGAUGCAAUCCCGCCAACAACACGUUCCAAUGCUAAAAAGGAUGUCAUUUCAUUUAUCGCCCUCUAUGACUAUGAGGCACGAUCAGACGAUGAUCUUUCAUUCCAGAAAGGAGAGAAGUUGGAGAUUCUAAAUAACACAGAUGGAGACUGGUGGUUAGCUAAAUCAACAGUGACUGGAGCAGAGGGGUACAUCCCUAGUAACUACAUAGCUCCUGUGAAGAGCAUAGAUGCUGAAGAUUGGUACUUUGGCAAGGUCGGUCGUAAGGAUGCAGAGAAGAAACUCCUGGCUCCCGGGCUUCAGAAAGGAACUUUUAUUGUGAGAGAUGGAGAGGCAAAUCCUGGUACAUUCUCUUUGUCUGUGCGAGACUACGACCCGGGUAAAGGGGAGCAUAUCAAGCAUUACCGAAUCAGAAAACUGGACAAUGAUUCCGGCUAUUACAUCACACAACGAAGCCAGUUCCAAACACUGCUAGAGCUCGUCCACCACUAUGAACACACUGCCGAUGGAUUGUGUUGUUCACUGUCCACACCAUGCCCGAAGGAGAAUCCUAAUACCGCUGGUCUUGGCAAGGACAUGUGGGAGAUACCAAGAGAAUCGCUCAGACUAGAUUCCAAGCUCGGCGCAGGACAGUUUGGAGAAGUAUGGAAAGGUCUGUGGAAUGGUAAUACAGAGGUCGCUGUCAAAACCCUGAAGCCAAAGACUAUGACCCCGGCAGCCUUCCUGGCUGAGGCCACCAUUAUGAAGACAUGUAGACAUGAAAACCUGGUACAGCUCUACGCCGUCUGCUCAGAUAGGGAACCUAUUUACAUCGUGACAGAGUUGAUGAAACAUGGUAGUCUUCUAGAUUUCUUGAAAGACGGAGACGGUCGACACCUGAAACUACCUCAGCUUGUAGACAUGGGAGCACAGAUUGCCAAUGGGAUGUCAUACCUAGAGAGGAAGAACUUUGUUCAUCGAGAUCUCGCUGCGAGGAAUGUGUUGGUGAACACUGGUAAUAUCUGUAAAGUAGCCGACUUUGGCCUUGCCCGAAUGAUAGAGGAUAACGAGUACCAGGCAAGACAAGGUGCGAAGUUCCCCAUCAAGUGGACGUCACCGGAGGCUGCCCUCUAUGGCCGAUUCACAAUCAAAUCUGACGUCUGGUCGUUUGGUAUUCUAUUAAGUGAGCUGGUCACCUAUGGUCGUAUUCCCUAUCCAGGUAUGAUGAACAUGGAAGUAUUAGAGCAGGUUGAAAGAGGUUACAGGAUGCCUUGCAUGCACAACUGCCCCGACUCCCUCUACGACAUGUGUAUGUUAAAAUGCUGGCUCAAAGAUCCCCAGCAAAGACCAACGUUCGAAUUCCUGCAAUCAUUCCUGGAUGACUACUUUGUCUCGACGGAACCAAACUACCGAGAGGCCGACUGAGUCACGGAGGGGUGGUAGUAGCAACGUUCCCACUGCUGCAGAUAUUGGUGUGUGUUGUACUAUGAGAGUGGUGCGCAACCCUACAGCUUGCCAUCCAUGAGCUCAGUGAGAGAUCAGGAGGGUGCUUCACUGACAAAUUUGCUCUGAGCCAAUCAGAUGCAAGGAUUUCAGCAGCUUAUCACAAAUAGUCAGUGGAAGUCACUGACCAUCUGUUCAAUGGAAUGCUCCCCCGAUGGGAAAUGUUUUCACAUAUCUUUUUCUGCAGCAGUGGUAACUCAUCAAAAUAAUUAUCUAGAACUUAUAAAGUGAAUAUUUAUCUAAUUUUUUUUUUGUCGUUAUGAUUUUUUGGAAAGUCCGUGGCCUUUUUUUUCCACCGUAUGAUUAAAUUGUGGUUAUUCUGUGGCGCCUGUCAUUGAAUAUGAAAAAAAGAGAAAACAUCAGAACUAUUAAUCUUCAUUGAAACUGUAUGUGUCUUCCAGUAUGAUUGUGUGUGUUUUAUACAAAGAAAUUAUGUGUGUACUGUCUAAAUACCAUGAUUUUUUUUAUAGGUAUUUGAAAAAACCCAUUCAUUUAAAAGUGAAAAGAAUGGUAGUAUCGAUGAAUAAACAAUCAUUCUUAAUACAUUGUAUCCUCAUUUUUUUUCCUCAAUGAUGUUAGAGCCAUAAUUUGAGGACGUUACAAUUUUCAUAUAAACUAGAACACGGAGACAGAUAUUCUAAUAAAGUCCCCAUAUAGGGGGCUGGACUACAUGUAGAUACUUUUUGGAAUUGUCCAAGGGUAGCCUGGUCAAUCAUCAGUGCAUCGUCUAUUCACAUUGCUUAAACUGUUAGCUCAGAUAUUGGAUCUUCUUUGUUAUCUGUAAAAUAUUGAUUUCAUAAAGAAUAUUGAUAUCAUAUUCAGAAGAUUAUAUACAUGUAGCUUUUAAACUAUCAAGUUCAUAAAACAUUCUCUCUUAGUCUCAUGUAAAUCCUUCUGCUAGGUAAUGUUACCUGUAUCAUUAUAGGGCUCUGCUUUUGGUAGCUGUUUUAAUAUGAUUUCUUGCAUUAUUCAAUAAACAUUCCUGAUUAUUGCAUUGCGUAAUUCAGGUGAGACGGCCUGAGGCGUUCCACUUGUUACCCGGUUUGUUUCUAAUCUCGCUGCUGUAUCUUAACUGCCAUGAUAAUGAAUCUUUUGAAAAUUGAUCUCUCACAUCAACACGUGAUGUUGAGCCAGUGUAACACUGUAUGCACAAGCGAUUGUCAAUUAUCACCUUCACAUGUACACAUUCUAUAUAAUCUCAAUCACCUAUUCAUAAUAUGAUGUAUAAUAAUUUUAUAUGAUCACACUCUGUUAUAGCACCAUCACAUUCAUAUCUAUUGCCUUUUGAAGUCCACUUUGAUGUGUUUUCUUUUCUAAGCUCUCCUUUAUUGUGGUAACGUACAACAAACUCCAAAAGCAAUUUCCUACUCUCAUUUACAGUAAAAUCUGCAGAGGUUCCUUGGUCUUGGGACCACAUGAAUAUGUAUAUGUUGGACUUUUGCGAAAUAUGACUUGUAAGAUAUGAUUAACACAGGUUUUGUAUAUUUUGUUCCUGUAACACAAAGCUUAGCAAUGAUGGUAGAGCUUCUUUUUUUAAAUGAUUAAUUGAAUUAGAAAGUAAAAAAGGGGCCAAAGCUUUCGAUCCUAGCAGAAAUUUCGUCGGAGGCAAAAUGACAAACUUAGAAAGUGGAACAACCAUAAUAUAGACCACAAACAAGCUACAGCAACACUAGAAACAAGGAGACAAAAGGGGCAUUAGUGAGUAGAGAAGACCAAUCAGGUUAGUGAAGGGGAUGAAAGAAAAGGAGUAGGCAGACACAAAGGGAAGUUAGUGUAAGUAAGGCCAGUAAAAGACCUCAAGCCAACUGACGAAACAAACCUCAAGCCAACCGACGAAGAUUCUGCUAGGAUUGAAAGCUUAGGCCCCUUUUUGACUUUCUAAUUUACUCCAUUGGCUCUCUUUUAUUAGAUAAGCAGUUUUCAGCAGCUUCUUUUUGCGAUUAAUUGAAUUGACUGCAAUGUACAAUCAAUCGUGAAAAUCAUGCAUAUGAUCAAUUGCUAACCUUUGUGUUACAGUAUCCUGGUCUGCAAAAAUGCUUAGACUUAUGCUGUAGUCACAUUUCCCCUAAGGCGGCCAUACGGCGAGUCGAAAACAGCCUUUUUACUCAUUUUCAUUCCAACCACCUAUCCGUAGCUGGUACAAAAAAUGUUAAAACAGCUGUUUUCAACUCCCCGUACGGCCGCCGUUGGGGAAAUGUGAUUGGGCCAUUAUGCUGUCAUUUAACUUAUGGAUGGUUGUUUUGUCAGACUCUACUGUACUUUUCAUUUGGUUUAUGAACAUUGGCUUGCAAUUGUUUUUUUUUUAC